UGCGACGCCGCUGUGCUCCCAAUCGGCGACGCCGCUGUGCUCCCAAUCGGCGACGCCACUGCUCGCGGACGGCCGAUGCCGCCCCUCCACCUCUUCCUCCUCUACUUCCGGUAACCUCGAGCACGACGACAAAAUUCGUCUGAGGAGUUUGCCGCGCUACUCGCGAGCUUCUGCCACCCGCCUCCGAUGAGGAGCUUCACCAGAUGAUGGUCGAGGCCGACUCCAACGGGGGGACAGGUUCAUCCUGGAGGAGUUCAACCGACGAGGACCUUCGCGUCUCUCCUUCACCAGGCGCAUGACGACGCUAUUCCGCCGCGGGGAUGACCGACGCCGCCGCUGGCGAUGCACUGCAGCCGUCAUGCGCAGGCAGGCCGAAACCUCAUCUUCGGCGCAUGGCGGCUGGCCGACUCCCUCCUUCCCUCUUCGAUGGGGCAGUUCACCGUGCGAUAUGAGCCGAUGUCGUGCCUCUUCCUUGUGCGGCAGUGCCGCGUUCCGAAUGCAGCUGAUCCAGGGCUGCUGCCGCAGAGCGUCACCUCCAGCGCCACCUUACCAUCUCCAGUCGUCGUCGUCUUCUCGGCACGACCGGAUCUGAAUCCUAGCCGACUGUCGGCAGCUGCCACGCUGUUGGGGAAGAAAAUGUCGAAGAAGGAGAAGAAGCCAAGCGUGUUUUGGAUUGGAGCUAGAGACGCGCUCUUUGAUUUGGAGACAUCAAAGGAUAUUCUACGUCGAGAGGCGGAUUUGUUCAAAAUUCCUUGCCUAAAGGUGUAUGAUAGGGACAUAAUGGUUAGCAAUAUUAUGCUUCUCCUGGAAGACAAAAAGGAUCUUGUUGGCUUUAAUCAUUGUUCAUGUUUAGAGCCUGCUUGUUCUUGCAAUCUUUCUGAAAAUACUAGAUUAAAAAGGAAGAAGAAGAAGAAGAAGAAUAUGAACCAUAAUUGCAACAUGAAGGGAAAUACAUUCUGUUUGCUUCACCAUAGGAAUCAUCUGUCAUGGCUCGGUUCAAAAUUCUCAAGGACACGAACAUCAGCACUACUUUCAGAUGAAUCAUUGAUCUUGUUGGCUUGA